CGCAGCCUCGCGCCCGUCAGAGAAGCUGAGUUGGGGGAUCAUGGCGGAGCGCAGGAGGCACAAGAAACGGAUCCAGGAGGUGAGCGAGCCCACCAAGGAGGAGAAGGCGGUGGCCAAGUACCUCCGAUUCAACUGCCCAACCAAGUCCACCAACAUGAUGGGCCACAGAGUCGACUAUUUUAUUGCCUCCAAGGCAGUGGACUGUCUGAUGGACUCCAAGUGGGCCAAGGCCAAGAAGGGAGAGGAGGCGCUGUUCACCACCAGGGAGUCUGUGUUGGAUUACUGCAACAGACUCCUAAAGAAGCAAUUCUUCCACCGGGCUCUCAAAGUGAUGAAGAAAAAGCCUGAGAAAGACACCAAGAAAGAGAAGGAGAAAGAGAAAGAGAAGGAGAAAGAUAAGGAUAAAGAGAAGACCAAGGGGGACAGCAGCAAAGAGGAGGAGAGAAAAGGGAAGAAGGAGAAAGAGAAGAAGAAAGAGUCUGAGGCUGUUGAAACCAAGAAAGAGAAGAACGAUGACAGUCCUGGAACCCCCAAGAAGAAGAAAGAGGUGAAGAAGAAGUUUAAACUGGAGCCUCAUGAGGAUCAGCUGUUUCUAGAUGGAAAUGAGGUGUAUGUGUGGAUUUACGAUCCUGUUCAUUUUAAGACAUUUGCCAUGGGACUGAUACUCGUCAUUGCUGUGAUAGCAGCCACACUGUUCCCCCUGUGGCCAGCAGAAAUGCGUGUAGGAGUUUACUAUCUAAGUGUUGCGGCAGGCUGCUUUGUAGCCAGUAUAUUGCUUCUUGCUGUUGCCCGCUGCAUCCUCUUCCUGAUCAUCUGGCUGGUGACUGGUGGGCGCCACCAUUUCUGGUUCCUCCCCAACUUGACUGCAGAUGUCGGUUUCAUCGACUCGUUCCGGCCACUCUACACCCACGAGUACAAAGGACCACGAGCCAGCAAUAAGAAGGGCUCCGACAAGACGGACGAGAAGGACAACGAUGGCAACAAGGCUCAGAAGUCAGACAGCGAUGACAAAUCAGACAGCGAGAAGAAGGACGGCGAUGAGGAAGAGGAAGAGGAGGAGGAGGAGGAGGGCAAAGAGGCCGAGGAGAGUAAAGAAGCAGAGGGGGAGGGAACGGGGGCGGACCGCCACUCAGACACAGACAGCGACCGCCGGGAGGAAGAAGGCUCGCAGCACAGCAACGGGAACGACUUUGAGAUGAUCACCAGGGAGGAGCUGGAGCAGCACACAGAGGAGGAAGACCAAGAGGAGGAAGACGAGGAGACGCAAGAGAGGAAAGAAGGGGUUGAGAGUGAAACUAAACCCCAGACUGCUGAAACAUAAACUUCUUACAAUCCCAUCACUCUCUACUUUUUCUCUCUCUGGCCUUUCCUCCCUUCCUCUUGUGAUCCCAGGACCUGCUAUUCCAGCCUCUCUGAGCCUGCUGAGGCAGUGGAGAGGCUUCAUCUCUUCUUGUUGAGAUCUUCCACUAAACCGUUCCAAUAGAACAGUACUGGGAUAGACACAACAAUGAAAAGUAAACGGCUACAACAAUGGGGGGGGAAAUCUAAAAGAAGCCUUAUUGUGGAUCUUAUUCCUCCCACCCAAAUGUUAUUUAUGUAAAAGUGAAAACUGCCACUGACAUGUUUGCCUGAGGAAGUUGUCAACAAAAAAAUCAAACCAACAAACAGUGCUGAUAGAGUUUUCAUUUUUUUUCUUUUUCAUUUGUGGUUUCUGGUUUUCAUCUCAAGUUUCUUUUUGUCAUUUCAACUCAAAAUGUUUUAUUUUUGUCCUCUCUCUUUGGUUACAUUUGGAUGUGAGGUUGAAGCGAAGAAGAGCUAUCAUGCUUAACUGACCAGUAAGCGAAGACGUGCUGGUUUCUUGUUGGUACAGUCACAUUAGCAAGAAAGCCCCCGUUCUUUCACCUUUUGUUGGUGUUUUGGUGAGACAGUCUGAUAGCUUUCUCAGGCAGCCUUUGAAAGCCCUGACACACCAACCCGAUAAUCGGCCAUCGGACAGUCUGGCAAGGUCAGUGACUCGAGUCUGUUCGGUGUUCCAAGGCACUUUUUGGACUUCGGGGAGCCGACUGAUCAGUCCAACUGCCUUUUCUGCCGACGGUCGGCCAUCGGGUUGGUGUGUCAGGGCCUUAAAGCAAAGUAACCUGCUUUGAAACCCGAACCAAGCCAGAUGGACCAAAUCCUGUAGUUUACUCGAAGGACCCUAAAAGUCAACCAUGAUAUGGCUGGAUGGAGUAUUAUGAAAGCAGAGUAGCACGGCUCCUUGAGGUACUUGCCAUUUUCAGUAAGAAAAAAAAUGUCUUCUUUUUUUAAAUGGCUGAUGAUCAUAGUGCAAUCCUCUACACAGUCUGAAGUAGUUCAUGUUUAAUAAUGUGGGACUCAUCUUUAAGAGUAAAUGUGAGCAACUGGGAUACAGCUAGCAUACUUCAUCAAAGCUAGAAGAUGCUACGUUCACUGGUUAACUGUCUAUUUGCAAACAGAACCAGAUAUAAAGUAAACUCUAGUGCCAAACACAACUGAUAAUGAUGUUAUGCAUGCUGAUGUAAUAUGGAGAGUUGAGUGAAAGAGCGAUGGGUACGUUUUUGUUCAUUUCGUUAAUUUUGUAACCGCAGUGUCAAACUCCUCAAAAGGUUUGCAUCUUUGAAAAAAUAAAUUAAACACCGCACAAAGUUAUAAGUUUGUAGCUAAACAAAGAUUUUGGUCUCAGUGAAACCGUUUAAAGGUGUAAGCACUAGACUCCCAUCCAAACCAGUUCUGUCUAGUCUGCAUAAGCUGUUGUAUGAAAAUAGUGGUACUGGUCCACUAACCAGACCACAUUUCAUUUCCAAUCAAAGCCCAGUAGCUGGCGGCCGUGGUCCAAACUGUUCCUUCACAUUAUCUUCUGGCUAGAAAUGUCUUAGAUGCUUUUUUUAGUCAUAGCAAGGAUUAUAUAGUAUAAAAAAAAAAUAGAAAUGUAUCAUUUAUAUAUGGAUUAUAUUGAUAUAUCAACUAUAUAAAAUAAUUGCAGUCUAAAAACUAUAAAACAACUUUUUCCUUUUUUAUUGUUUUAGGGGAUAUAAUUUGUAUUCUGCAGAUUUUUGUUUUUAUACGAUCAUAAAGAGCAAAUUUAUUAUUUAAAGGAAAAAUCUGGGAUUAGAAAACCGUGGUAAUUUAUUAAAUAAACAUUUUUCUGUAUUUCUUUUUUUACAUUUGUCACUGUAACAUCUGGUUGUUUUUUUCCAACAAGAUUUCUCUCCCUAACACAUGGUCAGUCAUUAACCCAAGUUUAUAAAGCCAGUGCAUUGUGUAACACUGCUGGUUCCCACUUAAUCUGACGUGGCAAAAACUCCUCACAGUGAAACAGUAUCUUAAUAUACGUAUUUCACACAGCUUUCUGUAGUUAUUUGUUUUUCCUAAAAAUGUACUCACUUAGACUGUAUUUAGUCUUUUGUUCUGUCUCCUGUUAUCCCACUGAGGUUUGUAACUCUUCGACUUUCACCUCCAUGUUGUUUCUUUUCUUAUAUAUCUGGUUUUUUUUCUUCCCCAAACGGGCAAAGUGCAUCUCUAUGUCCUGAGUUGCCAGUCGCUGUACUCAAUAUUUGCAUAACCAUUUCACAAAAGAGAAUAAAAAGAUUCUCCCAAUUGUUCUUGACUGUUGCACAGUAUCGGUUUGUUGUAUAGUGUAGUAUUAUUACUCUCUAUGCUGCUGCUUCUCAUCGAACAUUUAUUGGGGAAUUAAAAAGUGACAUUGUCAAACGGGUGUCUUUUGAUCACCUAGUUGUCCACAUUUGGAUCAAUAUCAGUCUGAAGACGGUUUCAUGCAAUAUUGGAGUAUAAUUUAAUAAAACUGGAUGUCUGGAAAUAUAUCUGUAUCUUAUCAUUGCAAUAAAAAUAUAGAAAGCGCA